CCCCCGAAACUUAACAGACCCGCACAGCCACACGCCAACGCCACCACCGUCCCCGCCCCAACCGACCUAAUACCGAGCAGCCACCGGCGACGACGGCGCCCGCCGCGGCAAUGGAGGUCGCCUCCUCCCCCUCCUCCUCCUCCUCCUCCGCGCAGCCCCCGCCCAAGCCCCGCCUCCGCAUCAACCCGGCCGCGCUCCUCCUCCGCCCCGUCCCGCCCCCGACCCCCGCGGCGCCAUCGGCUCCUCCGCCCGCGGACCCGGCCGCCGCCCACCCGCUCGUCGCCUUCCUCUCCUCCCUCGUCCCGCGCCGCGCCGGGGAGCGGCCGGGCGCGGCCCCGGGCCCCGCCGUGGCGUCGGCAGCGCGGAGGGCGGCGGAGAGGGACGCCCUGGCGGAGCUGCAGAUGGCGGGGUGCGCGGUGCCGCUGUUCCGGCCCUACGUGGCGCGGCUGCCCUGGCACGGCGGCACGCGGGCCUGGCUCUCCAAGCUCUUCCCGCGCUACGGCCACUACUGCGGGCCCAACUGGUCCAGCGGCAAGGAGGCCGGCUCCGUGCUCUGGGACCGCCGCCCCGCCGACCACCUCGACUUCUGCUGCUACUGCCACGACAUGGCCUACGACACCCAUGACCAGGCGCAGCUCCUCCGCGCCGACCUCGCCUUCCUCAGCUGCCUCGAGGGCAGCCGCAAGACGCCCGCGCUCGACGGCGUCGCCGCCGCCGCCAUCUACCGCUCCAUGUGCAUCUUCGGGCUCAAGACCAUACUGAUACCGUACAGGACCAACCUGGUGAGGCUGCAAACCGGGCCGAAUUACGCCGACGCAUUCGCCGAUUUCAUGAAGAGGAUGGCCUCGUCUUCCGGCAGGGCGACGACGGGCGGCGAGAAGCAAAGAUUUUUGAGGGGCAAACGUGUUGCCGACGAUCGAAGUGAUCCCAGGUGAUUGAUGGUGCUGAAUUGCUCGGUGAUUGAAAUCUAGCAACUGUGCAUAACCAAGUUUUCACAAUAGUUACUGAUGAGGAACUUGGUACUCCCAAUGUGUAUAUUAGCUUAGCAUACGACCAUAUCAACAAUGUAACUUAGCACGGCAAGGAAUUGCCAGAUUGUUACACUGCUGAUUAAAACAGGUUUGAUCCUGCACAAGCCCUAUUGGGUUCAGUGUCAAAUGGGUGAAAAAAUCCCAACAACUGAUUUUGUUCUUGCACAAGAUAUGAUAUCUGAA